CUCGCGUGGUGCUGAUGGGGGAGCGCGGCCGACUGAAGACGCUGGCGAAAAUCGGAGAUUUACCUUAACUCCUCAACUCUACGCUGGAUUUGAGGUUUGCAAAAGGCAGGAGAAUAUCUGACGCCUGAUAAAUUUAGACAGUCUUCGCCACCAUUGGCAAAUUAUGCAUAAAUUGUUUAGUAGAUAGCAGUUGCACUGUUGUAGCGGUUAGUGACAGCGGCAGCGGCUGGAAUGAGAGCGUAGUGAGGGAGGAGUAGCUGGCUCGCCGUGGUGAGGGGCAUGGCAGAGGGCUUUGGGGAAGAUGCGACAGACGUGCGUUUGGCCGUUUUGUUAGAGGAAAUGUUAAUUGCAACUGGUGGGUGUUUCAGCCAAGCAGCCCCGAAGAUUUCAUAUCGAUCGGAUUAUUACGCCCUUUCUGCGCGCGUCUGAACAUGUUCUUGUCCCCACGGAUGAUCUGUCAAACCAAUUGCAUUUGAAUCCGUAGUGUAUCUGGACGUAGGGCGGACUGUGUCAGCGGGUGAGAGACACCUAUGGAAUAACCAACGAUGUGAAAAAGCCGCUAAUUAUUUAAAUAUGUAAAAAUAUCCUCGUACGAUUUAAUCACCAGCAAUGAAAGUAGCGUAAGCCUAUGGCUGGAACCGAAUUGCACUGAAGUUUUGAAUCUAACAAGGUACGACGGACUGUUUUCUCCCACCAGAUAACCCAGAGCAGGACGCCGGGUGGCCUUUGAUUUCGAGAGGUUACAGCGUUGACAUUAGGCUAGAGAACCCGCGCCGGUUUCCGCGCACUUGGCUGUCUGAAGAGCCGGAGCAAAAUGAUGUGCGAAGUGAUGCCGACCAUUAACGAAGGGGACUCCAUGAGUUCCCAACGUGGCUCUCAAAACGGCACGGAUGCCGAGGCCAAUUUCGAGCAGCUGAUGGUGAACAUGCUGGACGAGAGAGACAAGCUUCUGGAGUCCCUGCGCGAGACCCAGGAGACGCUGUUCCAGUCCCAGACCAAGCUCCAGGACGCGCUGCACGAGCGGGACCUGCUCCAGCGACAGCUCAACUCCGCGCUCCCGCAGGAAUUUGCCACACUUACCAAGGAGCUGAAUGUGUGUCGAGAACAGCUGUUGGAGAAAGAGGAGGAAAUCUCUGAGCUCAAAGCCGAAAGGAACAAUACUAGGCUGUUGCUGGAGCACCUGGAGUGUUUGGUGUCACGUCACGAGCGCUCGCUGAGGAUGACGGUGGUGAAGAGACAGGCCCCACCCCCGUCUGGCGUCUCCAGUGAGGUGGAGGUCCUCAAGGCCCUCAAAUCCCUCUUUGAACACCACAAGGCCCUGGACGAGAAGGUGAGGGAGAGGUUGAGGGUGGCACUGGAGAGGAUCACAACCCUGGAGGGACAACUGGCUACAGCCAAUCAGGAGCUGAUGGUGGUGAGGCAGCGGAAGGACAGACCAGAUGCUGAGGACAGGAUGAACGGAUCCAAGCCCAUAUGGAAGAAAGACCCUGAUAUAGACCCUGAUGAAGACUCUGAUAAAGACCUUGAUGAAGACCCUGAUGAAGACCCUGGGGCAGCCGUGGCCUACUGGGCUGCCCAGCUCAUAAGGCAGCAUAUGAGGGAGCAGUGUGUGGAGCUGCAGGAGCUGCUGGAGAAGGCCAAUAAGGAGCUGGCCUUGAGGCAGGUGGCCAGUGGGCAUGCUCAGUCUGGCGUCACCCGACCUGGAACCGAACUUACCACCACGCCCGAGCCUAGUCAGGCGAGGAGGAGGCGUAAGCACCAGAGGACAUCCAUUGAGGCUAUGGCACAGAGGGAGGACAUGGAGGAGCGCAUCACCACCCUGGAGAAGCGUUACCUGGCCGCCCAGAGGGAGACCACGUCCAUCCACGACCUCAACGACAAGCUGGAGAAUGAGCUGGCCACCAAGGACUCGCUGCACAGACAGAGUGAGGAGAAAGUGCGCCACCUGCAGGAACUGUUGGAGCUUGCGGAGCAGCGGCUGCAGCAGACCAUGAGGAAGGCGGAGACUCUGCCAGAGGUGGAGGCGGAGCUUGCGCAGAGAGUGGCCGCCCUCUCCAAGGCUGAGGAGCGCCAUGGCAACAUUGAGGAGCGCCUGCGACAGCUGGAGUCCCAGUUGGAGGAGAAGAACCAGGAGUUGGGCAGGGCGCGCCAGCGGGAGAAGAUGAACGAGGAGCACAACAAGCGGCUGUCAGACACAGUGGACCGCCUCCUCACCGAGUCUAACGAGCGGCUGCAGCUUCACCUGAAGGAACGCAUGGCUGCGCUGGAGGAUAAAAAUGCCCUCAUACAUGACCUGGAAAGAUGCCAGAAACAGCUGGAGGAGUUUCACCACACUAAGGAGCGGCUGAUCGGAGAGAUAGAGAAGCUUCGGACGGAGAUCGACCACCUGAAGCGCAGAAGUGGAGUCUUUGGAGAUGGAACACACCCUCGGUCCCACAUGGGCAGUGCCACCGACCUGCGCUACUCCAUGGUGGAGGGGCAGGGCGAUCACUACAGCACGGCCGUGAUGCGCCGCACUCAGAAGGGCAGAAUGGUGGCGCUGAGGGACGAGCCAAACAAGAUCCUGCCGGUGGUGGAGAAGGAUUGGGAGCGGUCCCAGCCCUCCAGCCUGCGGGCCAGCCGCACACACCUGAUGGAGAGUGACGCGGAGCUGUCCGACCUGGACGAUGACGACCGCGAGACCAUCUUCAGCUCGGGAGACAUGCUGUCACCAAGCGGUCACUCCGACGCCCAGACACUGGCCCUCAUGCUGCAAGAGCAGCUGGACGCCAUCAACGAGGAGAUCAGGAUGAUCCAGGUGGAGAAGGAGUCAGCGGAGCUGCGAGCGGACGAGAUCGAGAGCCGGGUCAACAGCGGCAGCAUGGACGGCCUCAACGUCACGCUCAGGCCCCGCCCCUCAAUGCCCACCUCUGUCACUGCCCUCUCAUUGGCCAGCUCCUGCUCGCCGCCCGUCAGCGGACGCUCCACCCCCAAGAUGGCGUCGCGCUCCGCAGCCCAUGAGCUGGGCAUUAUGACCCUGCCUAGUGAUUUAAGGAAACACCGCAGGAAAGUAGCCUCCCCAGUGGAGACUCGUGAGGACAAGCCCACCAUCAAGUGUGAGACGUCACCUCCAUCCUCCCCGCGGAGCAUCCGCCUGGAUCAGAUGAGCUUCUCCCAGCUCACCAGCGGCCUAGAGGAUGGACGCGGGACCCUGAAGAAGAAAGGCAUUAAGUCAUCCAUCGGAAGACUCUUCAGCCGCAAGGAAAAGGGACGCCUGGAUCAACCCAUGGUGAAGGACGGACAGAUGACCCCUCCUAUCAUUCCAGCCUCCGGAUGGCUGGAGGAGACCGCGGUCAUCAGCAGGCCUUUGGUUCCUUUGGUUCCUGCCCCUAGUUCCAGUCGCAGUGAAGGCCCAUCAAAUACAGAACACUACUACAAUUUCGACAUGGGCAUCGGUGACACCAUGACCCUGAGCAAGCUGGGCACGCAGGCGGAGCGGGACCGGCGCAUGAAGAAGAAGCAUGAGCUGCUGGAGGAUGCAAGGAGGAAAGGGCUGCCCUUCUCCCAGUGGGACGGACCCACAGUAGUAUCCUGGUUGGAGCUGUGGGUUGGCAUGUCAAGGCAGUAAUGGGGCGGCGCGCUGGCCAACGGAAGAGUGGUGCCAUCUGUUCAAGCGCGGUCGGACACAGAGAUCCAGAGGGAGAUUGGCAUCAGCAACCCGCUGCACCGACUCAAACUGCGACUCGCCAUCCAGGAAAUGGUCACUUUGACUAGCCCCUCCGCCCCCCUCACAUCACGCACAUCCUCCGGAAAUGUGUGGGUGACUCACGAGGAGAUGGAGACCAUGGCCACGUCCACUAAAGCGGACAACGAGGAGGGCAGCUGGGCACAGACGCUGGCGUACGGCGACAUGAGUCACGAGUGGAUUGGGAAUGAGUGGCUGCCCAGUCUGGGCCUCCCGCAGUACCGCAGCUACUUCAUGGAGUGUCUGGUGGACGCACGCAUGCUCGACCACCUCACCAAGAAGGACCUGCGCACACACCUCAAGAUGGUGGACAGCUUCCACCGAGCAAGUUUACAGUAUGGCAUCAUGUGUUUGAAGCGACUGAACUAUGAUCGUAAAGAACUGGAGAGGAGACGAGAGGAAUGCCAGCACGACAUCAGAGACACGCUGGUGUGGACGAAUGAGCAGGUGGUCCAGUGGGUCCAGACGAUCGGCCUGAAGGAGUACAGCGGCAACCUGUCGGAGAGUGGAGUACACGGGGCCCUGAUCGCUCUGGACGAGACCUUCGACUACAGCAGCCUGGCCCUCAUCCUGCAGAUCCCCAUGCAGAACACACAGGCCAGGCAAGUUAUGGAACGGGAGUUCAACAACAUGCUGGCACUUGGCACCGAUCGUCGGGUAGACGAAAGUGACGAUAAAUCGUUUCGGCGGUCGCCCUCCUGGCGUAAGCGCUUUCGUCCGCGGGACGGGCAGGGCUUGGGCAUGAUGCCAGGCUCCAUGGAAACGCUGCCCGCCGGAUUCCGCCUCACCACCAUGUCUAUGCCACCCUCCAUGGCCGUAGUGCCCAAGAAACAGCUGCAGCCUGAAGCUGCUCCCCCUCCCCCACAGAGACUUGACCCCUCCGCUGUCAGGACUUAUUCCUGCUAACUCCUCUCUACUAACCCCCAAGCACUCGCGCUAACAGUGCAUUCCCACUAUCUGUACGGGCACAUGCUUGCGGCCUUUCGAGAGUAACAUGCCAAAACCAGAGAAAUCUUUUCCAAGGUGACUUGGGAUGGGGUGGGGGCCUCCCCCUCUCCCUCAAUUCACACCUGUGCUUUCUCGGACUCUGUGCAAUAGAAGGCGGGGCAGCGAUGACAUCACGUCGUGUCACACACUGCGCCACACAUGGCUGCCCUGGCCCAUCUGAGGACUCGAGCGAGUGUGUAGCUUGCAUCACUGCAGAAGAGGGGACCCCCUCUUCCUCCUCCUCCUCCUCUUCUUCCUCCUUCUCCUCAUCCUCCUCUCUCCUGCUCCCAUUCCUCUCCCAGUAACCCCAGUUAUGUAGUCGUCGUGGUGAUGAUGUGCGUAUGCUCUCUGUUUUAAACUGGUGUACUUCGCCUAGUAGCCUGUCAGUUAGAGUCUAUUUCCUGGGUGUUUCUAUGGCAACAAGAGUAUAAGGCUUCCCCUCUCCGGUUAUGCAAGGUAUUAAUCAGUGUUUAUCUGUAUAUAAAAUGGAUGACUUAUUAUGUUUUUUUAUAUAAAUAUAUACAUAUAUAUAAAUAUAUAUAUAUAUUGAAAUUGUAUAUGGAAAGAAUACUAUAUACUUAUUGUAUGAAAAUGAGCUAAUCUAAACCCUGUCGGAGUCGUUAAAUCUUUUUGUUUGUUGGCUAGCGGUAAGCUAGACCAGCGUGUGAUGUGUUGGUGGCCCCUAAUACACCUGUGUGAGAACGUUGCAGUGGUCACUUUGACAAAUACUCUUGCUCAGUAAUGAGUUCAUUCCAAUUAACCCUAAUACGGUUAACAAAAAAAGGCCAAGGUCCAUAACACUCUAACACUCACUCUCUCUCUCUAUCUCUCUCUCUCUCUGUCUUUUUUAUCUCCUGUGACUGUGUCAUCCCUGCUCAGCCAAGUCACGAUAAAUAAAGAUCUUCAGAUUAAAAAAGAAUCACGUCAAAUGGAAGUAAUGUAAUGAAACAAGCAAUAGUGAUCUGCAGUGCACACUAUGAAUAUUCACUAAAACGUACAUCAUCAUCUUACUCGUUUCGGCUGGACACCUGACAUCAGGUCUCUGCUCUGGAUCCUGGUUGCUAGAGAAACGGAGUGACAGCAUUCGGUUCCUUUUCAAGAAUCAGGGUGACGCACCAGUAGAAAGCCAUUCAUCAUGUCUGUUUGUAAACCUUUAAGGUCGAGGUCUGUAGAGGCACUUUAACUUCAAGGUGACCUCUGAGCCAGUGUCUAGUAGAGCAUCCAGCUUGCCUGUGUUUUAUAUGGGAGUGCCUCACUCACUACCAUGGUGGAGGGACUGAACAGUCUCAGACUGUGUCUGCAUUAAGCCGGAUAAAUAUAAAUAUACAUAUCUGAAGUGAAAGCCAUCUCUGUCCAUAUUAUCAUUUUUGUAGGUUUGCAUCCACACUAGAACACUGAAACGCCAUAGAAGUGUUUGUUGUCGGUGGUGUCUGGAAGACUGACUUUUAUCUGUCAUGGCAACCGCACAUCAUUUUAUCUGAAAUUGUGUUUGUACACAAUGCAGCGCAAACCCAGAGUUUUCACGUGUAUCCACCUCAGAGAUUGUUUUCGAAAAGUAUCGUUUUCUGUCGGAAUAUACCGUUUUAAUGUUGACGGAUGGGCUAAAAGAAGAAAUAUUUAUAUCUAUCCGACUCAGUGUGGUCAGUACCUCAGAUAGUGAGAUGGUCCGUGACGCAGUUCCCAUAGUAAUCAGUGUUAAGAUCAUGACACAGUUCCCAUAGUAAUCAGUGUUAAGAUCAUGCACACGCUGAGCCAUCAGCCAAGCAGCAGUAGCCUCUGUAGAUGAAGUGCUAGUGAUAGAUGAACUGCCAGCAGCACCACGUGUGGGUUUGAUGAAGGCUCGGACAUGUUGGGGAGUACAUUUACUGAUGAGAUGUGUGUAGGGCAGGGAUAUCUCCAAUACAUGAAGAAAAUGUAAUAACUCUUUGGCAACAAAUGAAAUUGGAGUUCUGAGGUUCUUUUACAGAAAACUGAGCUAGUACUGCAUGUGCAGGGAGUGAAUUAUUGAGUGUUCUGAGGUUCUUUUACAGAAAACUGAGCUAGUACUGCAUGUGCAGGGAGUGAAUUAUUGAGUGUUCUGAGGUUCCUUUACAGAAAACUGAGAUAGUACUGCAUGUGCAGGGAGUGAAUUAUUGAGUGUUCUGAGGUUCCUUUACAGAAAACUGAGAUAGUACUGCAUGUGCAGGGAGUGAAUUAUUGAGUGUUCUGAGGUUCUUUUACAGAAAACUGAGCUAGUACUGCAUGUGCAGGGAGUGAAUUAUUGAGUGUUCUGAGGUUCCUUUACAGAAAACUGAGGUAGUACUGCAUGUGCAGGGAGUGAAUUGAAGGUUCAGACGAGACAGAUUCUAGUUGGUACUGAAAUGGUGGAUGUUGUGACAGCACAGGGUUUGCUCUGGUUCCUCCCCAUAAUCCACAUAAAGCAUGCUGCUGCUGCUGAUGCUGCUGCUGCUGAUGCUGCUGCUGAUGCUGCUGUUUCCCACCUGGUGGUUCACACUGUUUUAUGAUCCACCCAGCACUGGUGCUACAUACUGUUUUAUGGUCCACCCACCAGAAGAGAUGCAUUUGGAUGCAGCCCAGCCGUGAUCAGGUCCAGCCUCCGAGUCCGCGCUAAAGCCUCUUUUACUCGUCCAAAUAAAAACCACUCCCACCUUUGCUGCUCUGGCAACCAAUCAAAUCCUCUCGCACAAGGCCCGUGUAGAUGUAGCCAGCGGGUGCUCUUGUUUAAAUGCUGCUGUGGCCCAGUCCAUGCUCUGACUGGGCAGGCUCAGCCAUCGUCUCCAUGGUUACCUCACCACACACACCGCAGGUUGCUGGGGAAACGCCACCUGUCCUCCAGGUGCAGACACUGCUCCUGUUGGUCACCAGAGGGCGCUAUCAUGAACAUGGGAUACAGUGCAGCAUUCUACCUUCUGCCUCUCUCACCAAAUCACAAGUGUAAUUCUCACCAUCAUAUGAAAAGUGUUUAUUGCGUAAUAGUAUUACUACUACUACUACUACUACUACUACUACUACUACUGUUAUCAUUUUUACAGCUGAUGUCUUGAAUAUAUUCAACAGAUGUAAUGUGCUACUGUGGCAGCUAAGAGUACUGUAUGUGUGUAUGUAUGUAUGUAUGUAUGUAUGUAUGUAUGUACGGAUGUACAGUAUGUGUGUAUUUUAUGCCAAGUGUGAGACAAUGCCGACAAAUUAAGUCUUCAUUUUCUUUUGGUUAUUUAAAUGUCAUGUACGAAACACAACUGAGUAAAAUUGUUUUUAGAUUAAAAA